AUGUCAGCAGGUCCGAUAGUGGAGAGGAACCAGGAUGCCACAAUAUAUGUUGGCGGGCUCGACGAAAAAGUAUCAGAAGCGAUUCUAUGGGAACUGAUGGUUCAGGCGGGACCGGUCGUCAGUGUAAAUAUGCCAAAAGACCGAGUCACCGCCAACCAUCAAGGAUUUGGCUUCGUUGAGUUUAUGGGUGAAGAGGAUGCGGAUUAUGCUAUCAAAAUUUUGAAUAUGAUCAAGUUAUACGGAAAACCCAUCAAGGUGAACAAAGCAUCUGCACACGAAAAGAAUAUGGAUGUCGGAGCUAACAUUUUCGUCGGAAACUUGGAUCCAGAAGUCGAUGAAAAGUUGCUAUACGAUACAUUCAGUGCCUUCGGAGUAAUUUUGCAAGUUCCGAAAAUUAUGAGAGACGUUGAUUCGGGAACAUCAAAAGGAUUCGCUUUCAUCAAUUUUGCCUCUUUCGAAGCCUCAGAUACAGCAUUGGAAGCAAUGAAUGGACAGUUUUUGUGUAAUCGGGCAAUCACAGUUUCAUACGCAUUCAAAAGAGAUUCGAAAGGAGAACGGCACGGAACAGCGGCUGAAAGAAUGUUGGCCGCACAGAAUCCAUUAUUCCCGAAAGAUCGUCCGCAUCAAGUCUUCUCAGAUGUUCCACUCGGAGUGCCUGCCAACACACCGCUCGCAAUUCCUGGUGUACACGCUGCCAUUGCUGCACAUGCUACAGGACGCCCAGGAUACCAGCCACCGCCAUUGAUGGGAAUGCCGACAAACGGAUAUCCAGGACAGUAUCCUCCAGUACCUCCUCCCCCACCAAGUGUCACUCCGAUGCCGCCACCGAUGCCGCCGAUGCCACCAACACCAGGAAUGACACCACGUCCACCACCGCCGCCGUCGACAGGAAUGUGGCCACCACCGCCUCCUCCACCAGGAAGAACGCCAGGGCCACCAGGAAUGCCUGGAAUGCCACCACCACCUCCACCGUCACGAUUCGGACCACCAAUGGGAGGAAUGCCACCACCACCACCGCCUGGAAUGAGAUACCCUGGAGGAAUGCCACCACCGCCGCCACCACGUUAUCCAUCCGCUGGACCAGGAAUGUACCCACCUCCACCACCAAGUCGUCCACCGGCACCACCAUCUGGUCAUGGAAUGAUUCCACCACCACCGCCGCCAUCGUAA